CUAGGACUCAUUGCUGGUUAGUGAACAUUUUAUGUGUGGUGCACGCUAGGACUCAUUGCUGGUUGGUGAUCAUUUAAAAUCAUCAAUCGUUUUCAAAAAUUGAAUGCAAACAUUAUGUAGUUUAUUACUUGUGACUCAUUCAUUCUUUCAAUCUAAGAAAGCAGGGCCUAUAUAUUAUUUUCCAAUCUGACAGCCAAUUGAUUUUUGAAUCAAGAUUGUGAGUUUCCAGAGUAUAUUUUAGAAGACUCCCAAUCCAUUAUGUGACAUCACAGACAGGCUGUUAACCUUUGCACCUCGUAAGAACGUAUACAAGGUUGAUGUGAUAUUCUCAUAUCAUUGUGUCAUUGUGGCUCCACGGGAAUUCAUGAAUUCACUAACACCCACCUCAAUUUCUCCACAAUAAACUUGUUUUUGUUUAAAAUAAAACACUAUGAACACUAUGCACACUAUGAACACCAUGCACAGUAUGAACACUAGGAACACCAUGAACACCAUGCACACUAGGAACACCAUGCACACCAUGAACACUAUGAACAUCAUGCACACUAGGAACACCAUGAACACCAUGCACACCAUGAACACUAGGAACACCAUGAACACUAUGAACAUCAUGCACACUAGGAACACCAUGAACACUAUGAACAAAGUUAUGCAUGAAGCAAGUUCCACUUUAAACUCAUCGAUUCUUUGCAUCAGGUGGUUUAAAUGGCAACAAAUAAGAUAAAUUAUGUCAUUGUCUACUUUUAAUUUAAGUCGUUAUUUUUCAUACAAAAUUUUAUGUGGAUAUGAUUGGGGGCUACUAUAUUAACAGUUCUCUUUGAAUGAGACGAAUCAUCAUCUCAUUAUGUUGACAGUUCUCUUUGAAUGAGAUGAACCCUCAUCUCAUUAUGUUGGUCUUCACUUGAAUAAACUUCUGUUUCCUUGGUCAAAGGCGCUUGUCAAGAAACGUGGACUUGUCUGUCGAUCCUGGUCAGAAGAUUCAUUGGCGUCCCAUACUCCGUCACGUCAAAUACUCUCUAUCGUGCCACAUGCCCUCUGUCUCGUCACACCCUCUGUCAGGGCACAUACACUACUUCACGUCAUACACCCUCUGUCUCGUCACACCCUCUGUCAGGGCACAUACACUACUUCACGUCACUCACUCCGAGUCGCGGCACAUAGUCUCCUUCACGUCACACUGGAGAUCAAAUGUGCUGAUGUUACAAUAGACCUGAUCGUCUGCCCAUCCCUUCACUCACACACGCUCAAGAAUUCGGAUAAAACUCAUGUGCCCAUUGAUCAUGUGCUCCAAGACCCUGCCCAAGAUGACUCCAACUCUAAACUUUUGCGCUCGCCAUUUCAAACUUUCAACCGACAUGCCGUGCUUGUUUUCCAUUUGGCGGGCUUCCUUGACGAGGAAGUCUCGUUCUGCUCUGGGAAUGGGAAUGUGAGGCUCAGUUCCAUGUCUACGUGUUGAGUUGUGUGAAGUGAGUGAGACGCUGACACGAACCUUAGACUCAUAGAUCCCAGUCUUUACUUGUGCUCAACAUUAUGUUAACUUUGGUUGUUGCUUAGGAAAAAAAACAACUGUUUUUGUGUGGAUAAGGGCGAGUCUCAAAACCCCAAGGCGCAGAAAAGAGUUUGGUGGGGGGGGGGGGAUGAAACCGACAUUCAUUUAAUGAGGCUAUUUCUGUGUUUCGUUGGCUUGUAUUCUUGCUUGUGUUGUUUAUAUCCUAAGAUUCCUGACCAUCCUAAUAGCUUUAUGUGUUUUUCUGGUGGUCGCGUGUCACGGUGCGCCGGGCAAGUCGAGAAAGGUCAGUCGCACGCCCUCAGACAUUUCCAUUUAAAUGACGAGGACUUGGUUAUCGUAGGAUAGAACUACGUCAGUGGUUGUAGCCCGUGUAUAAUCACUCACAUGGCGUUGUCCGCAUCUAUCACUCACACGGCGUUGUCCGCCUCUAUCACUCACACGGCGUUGUCCGCCUCUAUCACUCACACAGUGUUGUCCGCAUCUAUCACUCACACGGCGUUGUCCGCAUCUAUCACUCACACGGCGUUGUCCGCAUCUAUCACUCACACGGGGUUGUCCGCAUCUAUCACUCACACGGCGUUAUCCGCAUCUAUCACUCACAUGAGACAGAUUAUGUAUCUGGACAGGCCUCUGGCUUAUUCGUGACCCUCAAACUAUUGUGCCAACAUCUGGUUUAGUAGUGACAUCUGGGGCACUGAUUUCACAUAUUCUCUUUUCUUAGCCAACCAGGCAAAUAUCUGGGGCACUGACUUCACAUAUCCUCUUUUCUUAGUCAACCAGGCAAAUAUCUGGGGCAGUGAUUUCACAUAUUCUCUUUUCUUAGUCAACCAGGCAAAUAUCUGGGGCACUGACUUCACAUAUUCUCUUUUCUUAGUCAACCAGGCAAAUAUCUGGGGCACUGACUUCACAUAUUCUCUUUUCUUAGUCAACCAGGCAAAUAUCUGGGGCACUGACUUCAUAUAUUCUCUUUUCUUAGUCAACCAGGCAAACAUCUGGGGCACUGACUUCACAUAUUCUCUUUUCUUAGUCAAUUAGGCAAACAUCUGGGACACUGACUUCACAAAUAAUCUUUUCUUAGUCAAUUAGGCAAACAUCUGGGGCACUGACUUCACAUAUUCUUUUUUCUUAGUCAAUUAGGCAAACAUCUGGGGCACUGACUUCACAUAUUCUCUUUGCUUAGUCAACCGGGCAAACAUCUGGGGUGCUGAUUUCAGAGAGGAGCAGCUCUUAACUUGUCACAACAUCUUUUAGGUGUCAGUAUCAAUGUAAGUUGUCGAAUAUUUGCUGUUUGUAAUAGUCUAUUUAGCACGAUAUUCUUACAACUCAGGUGGCGUGCAUAUUUAGAAACACAUGGGUCAGAAUGGAACAAGGAUGACAUUUACAAAUAAAUACGUGGGUUAGAAUGGAACAAUGGUGAGAUGCAUGCAUAAAUUUAUGGGUCAGUAUGGAACAUUGGUGUGGUGCAUCAGUAACCAAAGUUUGAAAGGCGCUCUCUGUCUUGUUCUCUCUUGCCUUUCCAAUACCUUUAGCUUUAUUGAAAUCCUUCAUAAUUUUUUUUUUUUUAAAUCCACACAUUCUCGACACUCUACUUGUAUUGUUUGAUUGAUGCACGCAGAUCGUCUCAGAAAACUACAAUGUCGAAGGCGGGCUCUGUGUGCGAGAGGAGAGGUGACCUCAGCCUCGACAGCUCCUUCACUGGCACCUCGGCCAAGCUGAAACUGGGGCGUUUCCGGUGGAAGAUGAGGGGCAUGUUGUCCAACCUGGGCUCGUCCACAGUGGUGACCAAUCAACAACCCGUCGUCGCAUAUGAAAACACUUACAAGAUGGCGCCAGACGAUGGGAAGAGGUUCUCAAUCAAGCGAGCUGAAGAGGUUUAUUUUAAUAUUUUGACUUUACGUAAAUUCUGACAAAUUAAUAGAAUCUCCAGACUCGUAAUGACUGCAAUAUCAAUGAGAAAUCCUGCCCGAAAUAUUUGAAAUGACGACUCUCUCAAAAUAAGACAAGACGACCUCGUGGGUAUUAGAGCAGUGCUGUCCGGCCCGCAAGCUGAUAUUAAAUGGCCCGCAAGCUGAUAUUAAAUGGCCCGCCACAGCCUGAGUAGGAUGGAUUGAGAGUAGCAGUAAUUUAUGCACAUCAGCGGAGCUUUCAUUUGGGUACUUCGGGGACAUAAAAUCGGAUACUAUUUUCUCCUUCUCUCUGUUGCUUUGUAAAGGGGAGGGGCGUCGUGGGGCAUCUGGUUUAAUCACUAACGGCGUCGAGAAAGAUAAAUAGGGAAACCCAAAGUAACUUGAUGUGUAGCCAUUUGGUCAUUGUUAAAAUGUUCAUGCCACCACCCAGGGCCGGCCUUAGGCCACUGCAACCUAUGCGGCCGCAGUGGGCCCCGGUCUUAAUUUUCACUUAUUAUCCUUAUCCCUACCCAGACUGGGCCCCGCGCAAUCCGUUUCGCAUAGGGCCCCGCAAUUGUUGAGGCCGGCCCUGCCACCACCAACAGUACAAUUCAAAGCAAAAUUUAUCAUUAAAAAGGGCUACAGUUUUUAUAGGCUUUAUUUAUAUUCUUGAAGAGCCGAUAAUGCUAUUGGAUAUAGGAAUCUUUAUGCAUAAGUAAGAAGCAUUAAUAAUGGGAAUAAUUUUCUUAAAAGGAAAAAAAAAAUAUAUUUUUAAAAAUCUGUUGAGUUGCUAUCUGUAGCCUUCGGCUUCGCUUUAUUUUUAUUAUUAAUUUUUUUUUUUUUUAAGCCGACGUAGUCAAAAGGUUGUACAGCACUGGGGUAGAGAGUAUUUUAAGAUGAAUACUAGAGCUAAAUUAUCUCUCUUUUUUUUUUUUUUUUUUUUUUUUUUUUGUGGGGGGGGGGGGGGUGGUGUGUUCAUUUAACAUCAAAAGCUUGUAUAUAUCAGUGAUCAUAAAAUGUUCUAAGCGUCUCUUUGUUCCAUCUAAGAUUUAAACGACAAGUUUGAUUUCCUUUCAUCAGGUUAUCGAUGGCGUGUUCAAUCAUUACCUCCACGGCAAGUCGUACGACUCCAAGGUGUUUCCACGUCUGAUCAAAACAUUGACAGAGCUCAUCCGGGACAGGGUCAAAACCCAAGGCAUGGAAAGGUAAGUCAAGGGUGGUAAUCCGAUAAUGUCUUUGAAAAGUGUGUGAUCUGACGUUAAUGUGCUGUCUGACAAGUGUGCGUGAGUUGAUCAUGAUCUCAUAAUCUUUGGGUGGGAGCUGGUCGUCGUAUGGCAGUUGGGGUAUUGACUAAUGCAAUACAUGCCGGCCUACUUAGGCACAGUGACCACUAGCAAGCAUCACCUAGCUCAGUGGUUCUAAAUCCUCCUAAUGCCGCAACCCUUUAAUAAAGUUCCUCAUGUUGUGGUGACCCCCCAACCAUAAAAUUAUCUUUGUUGCUACUUCACAAAUAUGUGUUUUCCAAUGGUCUUAGGCGACCCCUUAGUAAGGGUCGUUCGCCCCCUAAAGGGGUCGCCACCCCAAAGGUUGAGAACCCGCUGAUCUAGCUGCUGCUAGCAGGGUUAUCAUCUUCCUGUUCAUGAUGCGCAGUAAUUCACUUUAGGAAGCCAUCACGACUAAAUACAUAUAUUUAAUUGUACGCGAGUCCACUCUUUACCUCUCAUUAUGUUCACUUGUGGCAUUGCUUGGUGUUUCUUAUAUUUUCUUAGGAAUAGUUUAACGUGAAAACUUGAUAAGCCUACCAAAUAUUUUCCUCUCACCGCUGCAUAGGCCUACCGGCCUACCUCCUUUGUUCGUGCUUUGAUAGCGAUUUCAUCGUCUUGAUGGGUACGUUGGCCGCCAUUGAUUUCAGCCAUGUUAGUGCUUGUCCUUAGCAACGCAGUGGUAUCAUUAACUCCAUUACAGGAGUAGGAGUGAAGGAAAGCACAGGGUAAUUUAAAUGCACACUGAGAAUGUGGUCAUUAAAAGUUGUGUGCGCACGUAUGCUAUGGGCGAAGGUCACGUGUCACUUGCGCUGCUAGACUAAAUCUGAUUGUCUCACCUUGUUUGGCACCUGUGACAGUAAUUACCUCCACCUUGCCAAUAAAGUUUUAAAAUCAAUAAUCUAAUGCUCUAGAUCAGAGGUUCUCGGUCCUGCGUUCCGACACCUGUGUAGCACUGAAAUGGGAAUGCUUGUCCGUGCAAACAUCGGGUCGUCUAAUAGCAGUUUGAGAUAUAAUCAGAAAUGCCUCAGCUGGUGUCCUAUAGAAAAAUAGUGUUGCUCCCUCGGGUUGAACGAGUCAAUGAGUAGCUUAUUUAUUAGAAGUUGUCCAUAAUUUAAAUGUACGUUAAAAAUUUUGUUGUAAUAGUGCAGUCGUUCUGUUACUCAUUUUAGGUACAAAAUUUUGGCCACGGUAACCGUGAUUGAAAACAAAGAACAAGGCGUACACCUGGCAAGUCGAGCUCUGUGGAACCAGCACCUGGACAAUUUCGCUUCCCUGUCCUACGAAGGCCCGGAUUACUACGCUGUUGGCUCCGUCUACGCCAUCUACCACGAUUAAUUAACCAACGGCAACUUCAGCAAGCAAAAAAAGCCAAAGAUUCUAUUUUAAACAUAAUUGUGAUAUCUUGUGACAUUUCCUUGAAAUUCAAAUCAUUUGAUGUACAUUCACAAUCACUUUCUUACAUUUACAAUCACUUUCCAGCAUUCACAAUCAGUUUUUUUACAUUUAUAAUCACUUUCUUAUUUUUACAAUCACUUUCUUACAUUUACAAUCAUUUUCUUACAUUUACAAUCAUUUUCUUACAUUUACAAUCACUUUCUUACAUUUACAAUCAUUUUCUUACAUUUACAAUCACUUUCUUACAUUUACAAUCAUUUUCUUAAAUUUACAAUCACUUUCUUACAUUUACAAUCACUUUCUUACAUUUACAAUCAUGUUCUUACAUUUACAAUGACUUCUGAUUAAUUGAAGAGCAAAAAUGGGCACAUAAGUUCAAGCUAUGUCCCAAACCAUGGGGG